CAGUCUCAUGCAGAAGUUCUGGAUAAGUAGUACCUACAAGUUGCGUGACCACACAGCAAAACUAAGAGCUGCCAAUGUGCCAAACAGAGUGCAUUCAAGCUUGCCACUGCAAACCACACCGCAUGAUCAAUGGAGAAGAAGGGAACAGACAUGCCUAACGAGAAUAUUAUGCUGUUGAGCCUGCUCGUUGGCCUUAGUAUUGCUGGAUUCAGUACUGGAGAAGACCAGUUCGUCUACACCGGCUUCACUAGCAGCAACCUCACCCUCGAUGGUGGAGCAACAGUCACGCCGAGUGGCCUCCUUGAGCUAACCAAUGGCACCGUUCGGCAGAAAGGCCAUGGAUUCCACCCCAGUUCACUGCCCUUCUAUGAGUCUAGUGGUGUAGUGCAGUCUUUCUCUGUAUCCUUUGUGUUCGCCAUCCUCUCUACCUAUCCUGAGAGUGGCCAUGGCCUCGCCUUCUUCAUUGCGCCAAACAAGAAUUUAUCAGGUUCGUUCCCAACCCAGUACUUGGGCCUCUUCAAUGAUCAGACCAAUGGUGACCCAAACAGCCACAUAUUUGCAAUUGAACUCGACACUGUCCAAAAUUAUGACCUACAAGACAUCAACAACAACCAUAUUGGCAUUAAUAUCAAUAGUCUUCGCUCCAUUCAAUCCUAUGAUGCAGGCUACUAUGAUGAUAAAAGUGGUUUGUUCAAAAAUUUGGCACUCAAUAGCCAUGAGGUGAUGCAAGUGUGGGUGAACUACAACAGAGAAACCACACAGAUCAAUGUGACCAUAGCUCCCCUAAAUGUUGCAAAACCAGUGAGGCCACUGUUGUCUACUACCUACAAUCUCUCAACAGUUAUCACUAAUCCAGCGUAUAUUGGUUUCUCAUCCUCAACAGGCUCUGUUAGUGGACAGCACUAUCUGCUUGGUUGGAGUUUUGGCAUCAACAAUCCUGCUCCACCAAUCGACAUUACCAAGCUUCCAGAGAUUCCUCAUCUUGGUCAAAAGGCUCAGUCGAAAGCAUUAAAGAUAACUCUCCCAAUAACAAUUCUGGUUCUCCUACUUGCUGCAAGCAUUACUAUUUUUUUAUUCAUGCGGAGGAAUCUAAGAUAUGCUGAACUACGUGAAGAUUGGGAGGAUGAGUAUGGGCCUCACAGGUUCUCAUACAAGGAUUUAUUUGAUGCCACAGGAGGAUUUAGAGAUGAUAACUUGUUAGGUACAGGAGGGUUUGGAAUGGUAUAUAAGGGGAUUCUCCCUGUAUCCAGACUGAAUGUUGCUGUGAAGAGGGUGUCACAUGACUCAAAACAAGGCAUAAAGGAGUUUAUAGCAGAAAUUGUUAGCAUUGGCCAUCUUCAACAUCGUAACCUUGUGCCAUUAUUGGGAUACUGCCGGCGUAGAGGCGAGCUUCUCUUAGUGUAUGAUUACAUGCACAAUGGAAGCCUUGACAAGUACUUGUAUAGUAAAGAGGGCAAGCCUACUUUAGAUUGGAUUCAAAGGUUCCGAAUAAUCAAAGGAGUAGCAUCUGGUUUACUGUACCUUCAUGAGGAGUGUGAAAAAGUCAUCAUACAUCGCGACAUUAAAGCAAGCAAUGUGCUCAUCGACAAUGAGAUCAAUGGGCGGAUAGGUGAUUUUGGUCUUGCAAAAUUGUAUGAUCAUGGCACUGACCCAGAAGCAACACAUGUAGUUGGCACCAUAGGAUACCUAGCUCCAGAGCUAGCACGCACUAGCAGGGCAAAUCCUUUAACAGAUGUAUUUGCUUUUGGUAUAUUCAUUCUUGAGGUCACAUGUGGGCAAAGGCCUAUCAAGCAAAAUACUGAAGGCAUACAGGUAAUGUUAGUUGACUGGGUUUUGGAACAUUGGCAUAAAGGGUCACUUACUGAUGCGGUGGACAUCAAAAUUCAAGGUGAAUAUGAUAUUGAUGAGGCAUGUCUAGCACUGAAGCUAGGAUUGUUAUGCUCCCACCCAUUCACUAGAGCAAGGCCAAAUAUGAGGCAAGUCAUGCAGUACCUUAACAAAGAAAUGCCAAUACCAGAGUUAACACCAAACAUAAAUUUCUCCAUGCUAGCCUUGAUGCAGAAUGAUGAGCUCAUAAUGCACUGUCCAUCGGAAAUUGGCUUUGGCACAAUAUCUACAAUCUCAGGAGGUAGAUGACUAGAUGACAUGAGGCUUGACAGUGCACAUGGCCUUCAAUGUUUGCAUGCAUACAUAGCCAAUGUUGUGUAAAGAUGAAGUAAACUCUAUAAAUAGAAGUUGCUUAACUUUGGUUUUUGA